CGUCAUCCAUCCACGUGGCUAGAAUGGCUGCGCCUUCAGAUAUUUCGAAGCUCGUUUGUUUGCUUUCCCCACCAGACUGCUACAUUAUCUCGAAGGUCCUGAUGGCCGUGGCCAAAUAGCAUAGCUUCUUCUCCAGCUACACCCGAACCGCGAAUUCCUCCAUAUGUUGAUUGUUGAAUGCACAUCGAAGUACAUAUUUGUAGAACCUAGAAGUUGCAAGGGUGAUGUCCAAUGGAGAGCAGAGAAUACAAACGGUGGUGUGGUUGAGAAAGGCAAACGCGACAGUUUGUUUAUUGACAAGCGUGGCAAAUUUAGAAGCUUUAAUUUCAAAAAACAAUCCAGGAAAAAGGGUGGUUCUUUAAGGGGCCGAGGAUGGAAAUAUGGAUCUGGUUUUGUUGAUGGGAUUUUCCCUGUAAUGAGCCCCAUUGCUCAGCAGAUUCUCGACUUUGUACAGAAGGAAGAGCGUUCAAAUAGAAUUUGGGGUUCACUUGAUUCUCUCUCCCCCAAUCACACCACCUGGGAUGAUAUCAUUAAUGUAGCUGUCCAACUUCGUCUGAAUAAACAAUGGGAUGCGAUUGUGCUGAUCUGUGGAUGGAUAUUGUACAGGAGCUCCUUCCAUCCAGAUGUCAUCUGUUACAAUUUACUUAUAGAUGCUUAUGGGCAGAAAUCACUUUACAAGAAGGCAGAAUCCACAUAUUUAGAACUUCUUGAAGCACGAUGUGUCCCUACUGAAGAUACAUAUGCCCUUCUUCUAAAGGCCUACUGCACAUCAGGGCUGCUGGAGAAAGCUGAAGCUGUUUUUGCUGAGAUGCGAAAAUAUGGCUUCCCCCCAAGUGCAGUUGUGUACAAUGCUUACAUUGAUGGGCUAAUGAAGGGAGGAGACACCCAAAAGGCCGUGGAGAUCUUUGAGAGGAUGAAGAGAGAUCGCUGUCAACCAUCUACUGCAACUUACACAAUGUUGAUCAACUUAUAUGGAAAGGCUAGCAAGUCCUAUAUGGCCUUAAAGGUGUUUCAUGAAAUGAGGAGUCAAAAGUGUAAGCCUAAUAUCUGCACAUUCACUGCUCUGGUGAAUGCAUUUGCAAGAGAGGGGCUUUGUGAGAAAGCAGAAGAAAUAUUUGAGCAGCUGCAAGAAGCUGGGCUUGAACCGGAUGUGUACGCUUAUAAUGCCCUCAUGGAAGCCUACAGUCGCGCAGGUUUUCCCUAUGGGGCUGCAGAGAUAUUUUCCCUCAUGCAGCACAUGGGGUGUGAACCAGAUCGAGCUUCAUACAAUAUCAUGGUGGAUGCAUAUGGAAGGGCUGGUCUUCAUGAGGAUGCACAAGCCGUGUUUGAGGUGAUGAAGCGAUUGGGGAUAACUCCCACUAUGAAAUCCCACAUGCUGCUUCUAUCUGCCUACUCCCGAGCCGGCAAAGUGGCAAAAUGCGAAGAGAUCGUGAACCAGAUGCACAAAUCAGGGAUCAAACCUGAUACAUUCGUCCUCAACAGUAUGCUCAACCUGUAUGGCCGGCUAGGCCAGUUUGAGAAAAUGGAAGAAGUCUUGACUGCAAUGGAGAAAGGACCAUAUCCAGCUGAUAUCAGCACAUACAACAUCCUGAUCAACAUAUACGGCAGGGCGGGAUUCUUCGCCAGAAUGGAAGAACUUUUCAGAUCACUUCCUGCUAGAAACUUGAUACCGGACGUUGUCACAUGGACUUCACGAAUUGGAGCCUACUCAAGAAGGAAACAGUACAAUCGAUGCCUGGAAGUGUUUGAAGAAAUGAUCGAUGCCGGGUGUUACCCAGAUGGAGGAACUGCCAAGGUACUUCUCUCGGCUUGUUCAAAUGGAGAUCAAAUCCAAGAGGUUACUACUGUAAUUAGAACAAUGCAUAAAGACAUGAGAACUUCAUUAUAAUAUAAAUGGUACCGUUUACACAGAGGGGAGGGUAAAAUUGUAAUUCUGGUGAUAAUCCAGGGGUAUUAUCGUCAUGAAUUGAGAAAAUCCUAACUGAUUCUCAAAACCGUUAUAUUACAAACUACUGCAUAUCAGCCUCUUCAUCUAUGAGACAAAGACUUUCGAGUCUUCUCUCUCUCAAAUCAAAACCCUAACCUAUGGAGAAUGUUCUGCUGAAAGUGGCCAUCUUCAUGGCCUCGUUCCUUGUUGGUUCAGCUUCUCCAUCUCCAUUUUCUCCAACAGCGCCAAUCUUGGGUUCGAUUCUGAGGAGCCUAGGCUUCCGAGAGCUGUCUGUGGCCGCUUACUCUCUCACGGAGUCACCCUGGAGCGGUGGUCCGUACACUAUCUUUGCGCCAACGGAUGCUGCCAUCAGCGUCUGCGGCUCGUGUUCUGUGUCAAGGAUCCUCCAGGAGCACACUCUUCCAGGUAUAUUCUCCGUCAACUACCUGCGCACGUUAGCCUUCGGCACCAAACUUGAGACUAUGGUGCCGGGGAGGUGCAUCACGAUCACGUCCGAUUUGCUCAACGGCACCAAGGUGUUCCUCGGAGGAGCCGAGAUCGACCGUCCGAAUCUGUUCAACAAUGGUUUUGUCGUCGUUCAUGGCCUUUCUGGAUUCGUCUCCCACCUCUCGCCCUUUUCUUGCAUCCUUGGACCGGCGCACCCUGUUCCGGCCUUCUCUGUCAUGCGCCUGAUGCUGAGGGACGCCUCCAUGAGACUGAGGAUCAGCGGGUACAGCGUGCUCGCGCUUGCUCUGAGGGUGAAGUACGCUGAGCUGGCAGGGCUGCAGAAUGUGACGGUGUUUGGAGUGGACGAUGCAGCGAUCUUCGCCGGAGGUCAGGCGUACGUUCGUGAUGUGAGGUUUCACAUAGUGCCAAACCGCCUACUGAUGGCCUCCGAUCUCGAAGAAAUGCCGGCGGCGACGGUGUUGCCGACUUUGGAACGUAACCAAACCCUAGUGGUGACCACAGCCGGAGGAGGCGGAGUGUUGGAGCCAAUGAGGAUCAAUCACGUGCGGAUCACGAGCCCUAAUGUCGUCCAUAAUCUCAAGAUCGUGGUUCACGGCCUGUCCAAGCCGUUCCCGCACCUCAAUGAUCCGCCGGUGGCCCAAGCAUCUUCCUGCGAGAUUGAAGGGUCAAUGGACGGCUACGAAUCUUGUGCGCUGGCCCCCACGCUGGAGAUCAAAUCGACAGCUGAGAUUGAUGAUGACCAUGGAUUCUGAAACCUGAUCACUGUAAGUGUGGAAUGAUUGUAGUAAUCCAAUGAUCCUUCCGUUCCUAGUUGUAUCGUAUCUUUUACGUACUACUCACUUGCAUUGUGCAGCAAACGAAGAAACCCAUUUUUUGUUUCUGCUGACCUAACUGUAAUCUCAUUGAGGCCCAAUGGACCAGGCCCAAAAAGAAAUUAUGGACCACGUGGCAUCCGAUGGGCCUGGGAUUUCAAAAUAAUAACAAAAAAAAUAAUGUCUUGUUUGUUUUUUUUGUUUUAA